CCCUCGUGCAAGAUACAAGCGAGCAGGAAGCUACUUAUGUCCACCAAUCAUUUCGAUGUAUCGAGAAAAUCAUCGGAAUUAUUCUCGAACUCUCGAAAAGUUUAGAUAUUUGGCAACGAUUGUAUAUACUCGUUUUCGCACAAACAAUGCUGUUUCUGAUUCGUGAUUGCUUCUGAUUUGGAAAUACGCAAAUCUACUUCGUUGAUUUUUUAAAAAUUAAUUAAUUUAUAUUGUAAAAAAUAAAUAAAGAUGUUUGUAUUAUUUUGUACAAAAUUGAUUCAAACGAAAAUUUUUUAUUAAAAAAUAAUUUUAUUGAAUAUCAUUUAAAUCGCGACUUAGGAUUGGUUAUCAUUAAAUAUUACCGGAUGUAAUAAUACGACAUCUGUAGGUUGAAUUUUAAAUAUUGAACGGAUAAGCAAUUGAAAGUUAGGUUAACUUCCUUUUUUUCGGUGUGAAAAACUGUGAGACAUAUCUUCAAGAUGGUGAAGAUUAUGAAAACAGGAAAAGUCGUAUUGGUUCUUAGUGGCCGAUAUGCUGGAAGAAAAGCUAUCAUCAUGCGUAACUAUGAUGAUGGAACUACAGAAAAACAAUAUGGACAUGCAAUGGUAGCUGGUAUUGAUCGAUAUCCACGUAAAGUACACAAAAGAAUGGGUAAAGCAAAAAUUCACAAACGUUCUAAAAUCAAACCAUUUGUGAAAGUAUUAAAUUAUAAUCAUUUAAUGCCAACAAGAUAUACUGUAGAUUUACAUUGGGAUAAAGUAACACCUAAAGAUCUUAAAGAUCCAAUGAAACGCAAGAAGAUACGAUUUCAAACUCGUGUUAAAUUUGAAGAAAAGUACAAAUCUGGUAAAAACAAAUGGUUCUUCCAAAAAUUACGGUUUUAAUUAAAUUUAAAUAAAUAUAAAAUUUACAAGUA